CUCUACAGAUGGGCUGCUAGUGUGCCUGAGGGAGGUCUCACGGAGGAGGUGCUUUGCUUUGCCCUGAGUUCAAGGAGCAUUUUAGCUGUAUAAGGAAAGAGUGUGAAUAAGCCAGAUUGGACAGGCACAAGGCAACCAGGAGUAACCUGCGGGAAAUGUUACCAUAUAAAAGGCAGGGGAAACACUCAACAUAAUGAUCAGCUUGGCAGGACAUAAAAGGAGCAAAGUGGAUUCUAUAGGAGGCACUGGGCAUAGAGGAAAAACACAUUUCAGCAGAUUGGCGGUUUCUGUCAUCGGCUAUCCCAAGAUGGUUCGAGUGACACGCUUUAGUCCAGCUGAUCCUGACGUGGAAAAAGCAAUCAAAGAGCUGAAUGACUUACUAGUGGACUCUACAAUUAAUAAAAAGGCUUUCAUGUCUCAGAAUGAUAACCAAGCAAUAAGGAACAUAUCCAUAGUUGAAAGGACUGAAAGGCAACAAACAGAAUCAGUAGAAACAAUGGCUACAGCAGCGGAUGCUCUUGGGAGUAUAGCUAUCGAUGCUACACACCUCACUAUGUCAGUCACAGACCCCACAGCUUGGGCCACAGCAAUGAACAACCUUGGGAUGGUGCCUGUAGGACUUGCUGGACAACAGCUUGUAUCAGAUUCAAUCUGUGUGCCGGGCUUUGAUCCAAGCCUAAGCAUGAUGACUGGUAUAACUCAGAUCAAUCCAAUGAUGGCAGGAAUGGGCCUUUUACCGCCACCACCAACCCAGUUGCCUAUUGUCAAAGAGAUUAUCCACUGCAAAAGCUGCACCCUCUUCCCUCCCAACCCCAAUUUGCCUCCACCUUCUACAAGAGAGAGGCCCCCGGGCUGUAAAACUGUGUUUGUUGGAGGCCUCCCCGAAAAUGCAACAGAGGAGAUUAUUCAAGAAUUGUUUGAGCAAUGCGGUGAUAUUACAGCUAUUCGCAAAAGCAAGAAGAAUUUUUGUCAUAUUCGAUUUGCCGAGGAAUUCAUGGUUGAUAAAGCCAUUUACCUCUCUGGCUAUCGAAUGAGGCUGGGAUCCAGCACAGACAAAAAGGACUCUGGCCGCCUUCACGUUGAUUUUGCUCAAGCAAGAGAUGACUUUUAUGAGUGGGAAUGCAAGCAGAGAAUGCUUGCCAGAGAAGAACGACAUAGACGCAAGCUAGAGGUAGACAAGCUGAGACCUCCAUCACCUCCAGCUAUUAUGCAUUAUUCAGAACAUGAAGCCACAAUGCUUGCUGAGAAACUUAAAGAUGAUAACAAAUUCUGUGAAGCCAUCACUGUGCUUCUCACCUGGAUUGAACGAGGUGAAGUAAAUCGAAGAUCUGCAAAUCAAUUCUAUUCCAUGAUCCAGUCUGCAAACAGUCAUGUACGGCGACUUAUGAAUGAGAAGGCAGCUGAUGAAGAAAUAAUGGAACAAGCCAAGGAGACCUUUAAAACAGCACUUUUUGGGAUUCUCACUCAAUUUGAGCAGAUUGUGGCCGUUUUCAACGCUUCCACCAGACAAAAAGCAUGGGACCAUUUCUCGAAAGCUCAGCGCAAGAAUAUUGACAUUUGGCGAAAGCACUGUGAGGAUCUACGAAAUGCACAAAGUGAGCAACUUAUGGGGAUCCGGCGGGAAGAGGAAAUGGAAAUGUCUGAUGAUGACAGCAGUGACAUCCCAAAUAAAAAAGCACGACUGGAUGAUUCUGCUUUAGCUGCUCAGGCCUAUGCACUGAAAGAAGAAAAUGACAGCCUCCGGUGGCAGCUAGAUGCAUACAGGAAUGAAGUAGACCUUCUGAAACAAGAGAAGGGACAUCAUGGCCGAACAGAAGAAAGCUUAACCAAGGACCAGCAGCUACAGUUUUUACAGCAAACUAUGCAAACUAUGCAACAGCAAUUAGCUGCAAUGCAGGAAGAGUUAAACAAUAAAAAGAGUGAGCUGGAGAAAGCCAAGGAAGAGCAAACACAUGCACAUGCGCUGGUCAGCGUUCUCAAAGAACAGCUCAAAAGUGCCAAAGAAGUUACAGACGUCACCAACCAGGAAUACCUUAGCAAAGAAACCAGCACUGUCAGCGUUGCUGUGUACAACCAUGAUAAAGAAAAAGAUGCUGAAAAACAAAGACAAUCUCUCAAAUCAGAAAAAGAAGCCCUGUUAAUAGGUAUCAUAUCUACAUUUCUCAAUGUCCAUCCGUUUGGAGCCAAUACAGAAUACUUAUGGUCUUAUCUGCAACAGCUGGACUCAACGAUAUCGGCCAAUGAAAUAGAAACACUAUUGACGAAGCUGCCUCGAAUGUUCAAACAAGAAUUCACAGGCGUUGGUGCCACGCUGGAAAAGAGAUGGAAGUUCUGUGCCUUUGAAGGAAUCAAAACGACUUGACAGGGAAUCGCUGAGCCAUUACCCCCGGGUGCAGCCGCUCGGCCCAUGUACAGAGUAUUACACACAUAAUGGACACGUGGCAGGGAAGUCUAACUGUACUUACAUCCGUGAUGUGCUCUCAUCAGUACCAAUGUCAUUGUGAGCCAGUCCUUGCGGAAUUGUGAUAGACCCUUUUACUGUUAAAAGAAAUCCAGCAAAGGUUUUGCUUUGAUUAUAGGUAGUUUUUGGAAAUGUGUUUUAUCUCUUAUUGGCUAGUAGCAGAGAAGUGUGCAAAGGGGCCGGCGCUUUCUGAGAAUCCAUCUACAGAGAUUAGCCCAAACGAUGAAAAUGGCAUUGCUUUCACUUCUCUGAAUUAUUCUUCUGAUAUUAGAAGUCAUCAAUCAUUUUCUAAAAAUGGGUCCAUUUUAUUACAGGGCUACAUUGCCCAGAAGGUACUUACAUUAUUUAAUAGCUGAUAUCAAGUUCUUACCCAAAGUGUCUCCGCUGUAUUUGUACAUUCUCCACUCAAUCUCCUCCAGGCUAUCAUUUAGAUACUUCUACAUAACGUGAUAGCGGCUCUAGUAUUUCUUCUGUCUCGCUGACAUUUAGCACCCUGUGCCUGCCCACCCGCAGAUUAAUGUCCGUAAAUGGGGACUAUUCAGGAGUUCAGCAUGCAAACGGUGACUAAAAAAGUCUGAAUGAAUAUUUUGUAAUAAUAUAAAUAAAGCUGAAAAGUUUAGAACAUCCCAUCAACAACUGUAAAUGUAUCUUCCUGAUGUAAAUAUUGAUUUAAGCUACAGUUGGUUUACAGUGUUGUUAUGUAAUAUAUUCAUAUAGAUGCAUUUAAAUAAAUAUCCCUCUGCAUUAUCAGAUUUUAUAAGAAAGAAACCUUUUCUGCAAUAAAUGUGAUUGCAUACACUG